AUUGAUGCGGACUCGCGCCGACCCAUAUGUCUGCACCUCCUCUCUCGCUGGAAUCUUGUACGCACGCCUCCGACCUGUAGUGUCCGCAGAUCAUGGAUGCGGCGCUGACGCUCAAUGCAGCUGAAUACGAUCCCAUUGACCAUCUCAACGCCCUCUUCUCGCACCCCGCCACGCUCUCGUCGGUCGCGGCCACGUCCGAGGCCCUGCGCAGCUACCAAGAUGACCUCGACGAAGACAUCGCCGGCGUCAUUGCCUCGCAGUCCAGCUCGGAUUCCGACAGCGUGCAGCGCAUACAGGCCGCAAAGGCUGAGCUGGCCGACCUGUUCAAGCGCAUCGAGAGCGUCCGGGAGCGGGCCAUGCAGACGGAGCAGACCAUCACCGAGAUGACGGCAGACAUCAAGCGCCUGGACAGCACAAAGAAGAACCUCACCCUCUCCAUGACGGCAUUGAAGCGGCUGCAGAUGUUGACGACGGCAUACGAGCAGUUGCGCAGCCUGAGCAAGUCGCGCCAGUAUAAAGAGUGUGCCCAGCUGCUGCAGGCAGUGAUACAGCUCGUGGCCCACUUCAAGAGCUAUCGCUCCAUAGACCAGAUUGCCACGCUGAGCCGCAAUGUCGCCGACGUGCAGGGCGAGUUGCUCGAGCAGGUCUGCGAGGACUUUGAGUUGACCUUCGCCAAGGGUGAAACGGCACAGCGCAAGGCCAUGCUUGCAGAGGCCUGUCUGGUGAUUGAUGCCCUCGGCGAGCAUGCGCGCACACGGCUCAUCAACUGGUACUGCAACACGCAGCUCCGCGAAUAUCGGCAGGUCUUCCGCGGCAACGACGAAGCCGGCUCUCUGGACAAUAUUGGGCGGAGAUACAGCUGGUUCAAUCGCAUGAUGAAGACGUACGAUGUCGAGCACGCCUCCAUCUUUCCCUCGUACUGGCGCGUGAACGAGAUGCUGGCCAAUUCGUUUUGCGAGGGCACGCGCGAGGACUUCAAGUCUAUAUUGCAGAAAUCCGUACGAAGAGGCGACGGGCAAAGUCUGGACGUGGAACUCCUGCUGUCGUGUCUGCAGGAGACGCUUGAUUUCGAGCAGAGUCUGGAGCGGCGGUUUUCCAAUGAGUCUCGCUCUUCACUGGAUACGGUGGCUUCCAAAGAAGACCGGCCACAUGGUUUUAGUCAAGCCAUCUCUGAGGCUUUUGAGCCUUACAUGAGCUUGUGGGUUGAGUCGCAAGACAAGCAACUUGCAAUGCUCAUGCCCAAGUACCGGCAGCAGCCUCUGCGCAACCCCGAAGAAGAAUUCUCUCACCAGGCCGUCAUACCUUCGUCGACAGAGCUGUUUAGUUUCUAUCGCUUGACUCUGGCGCAGUGCGCUAAACUGUCGACCGGAACGAGGCUGCAGGAACUGUCAACAACAUUUGCCAAAUACCUAGACCAGUACGGACAACAAGUACUCUACUACUUUCUCAGUGAGAAGGCGGGUGCCCAGGGACCGUCUAUCGAAGAUGCGAUUCUCAUCCUCAACACUGCAGACUACUGCUACGUUACUUGCAACCAGCUAGAAGAGAAGAUACGAAGCCGCAUAGACGAAGAGUUCAAGGAAAAGGUGGAUUUGCAAAGCCAGGCUGAUGUCUUCAUGGGCAUCGCCAGUGCAACAGUACGCAUGCUAGUCCGAAAAGUCGAGAUUGCAUGCGAGCCUAGCUGGCGGGAGAUGCGAAAUACGCCCUGGGCAAAGUUGGAGAGCGUUGGUGAUCAGAGCACAUAUGUCGGCGAGCUGCUGCGCAAUGUCAAGGAGAGGUCUGGCGAAAUCCUCAAGUACCUCCACAAGCAGCAGUAUGCGCGAGCAUUCUGCGACAACCUCGUCGAUCUCAUGGCAGCGGCAUACAUUGCCAACAUUGUGCAGUGCAAGCCCAUUUCCGAAGUCGGCGCAGAGCAGAUGCUGCUGGAUUCAUAUGUUCUGAAAAAGGGCCUCACCGAGAUACCCACGCUCAAUGACGAGCCCGGCACCGCGCCAUCCGCAAGUUUUAUCAAACGCGUCAACCAAUCGACGUCAAAAAUCGAUCCCCUGCUCAAGACGCUGCAGGUCCGCCCGUCGCCGCCCGAAGCGCUCGUCCAGGCCUACCUCAUCCACAUUGCCGACAAAUCCGACACCAACUUCCGCAAGAUCCUCGACCUCAAGGGUAUCCGCAAGGCAGAGCAGACGCAGCUCCUCGACCUCUUCGCUGCCUUCCGCGCAUCCCCCAACCACGCCAAUCUCGUGCAGAACUCGCCCUUCCUCACGCCCUUGCUGAUCCAGGCGGGCUCCGGCAGCGGCAGCGCGGCAAGCGUCAUGGGCACCAUGGGCACCCCGAGUCUGAGUAGCGGCCGGUUCGAUGCAGCGGGCCUCGGCAAUCUGCUUGUGAAUGCGGCGCGGGAUGGCGUGGACCGGUUUGGGAGCCCCGCGCCCGGGCAGCAGCAGGGUGCUGCGGGUGCGGGCGGUGGGGAUGGCGGCGCGAAUCUGGAGAGCAAUUUGAAGAACAUUGGCAAGUUUUUCAGGCGAGAUGUGGGCUUCAGGGGGUUUGGACGAAGCGAAGAUGCACGGUAGAAGUGGUGGUGACAGUAGUAGUAGUAGUAAGGCAUGUUGUCGGCCG